AAACUGACACUUCAUCAUUGACUACAGUUUCCAGCUCCACAUCUGUGCAACAACCAGCAGCAGCAUUUCCACCAUCUUCACCAGCAUCAGCUUCGACCCUGGGAUCUCCAGUUUUAGACCUGGAGGCAGUUAAGGCAGCAUUGGCAUGUCAGUACACUGUCGAGCAAAUAUUUCGUGCCAUCAAGAAUUUCUUUACCAUUUCUUUUCGCUACCCCAAUGAAGCACUUUUACUUGGCACAUUAAAGGCAGCAGAUGAACACUACACACGACUUUGUGAAAAAAGUCAUGAAGUUCUUGAAAAUGAAGCCUUAUACAAGAUGAAGGAGGCUCAGUUUCAAGCCAAAGAAGCUCAACUGAAAGCUGAAAAGGCAGCAUACCAGCAGCAGAUUAGCGCAAAAGAUAGAGAACUGCAACAAACGACAUUUGAGCUAGAGUUGCGGGACAUGGUCAGAAUAGAAUUGGAACAGCAGUUUGUAGAGCAGUUACAACAGCAGAAAGAAAUGUUACAGCAACAAAGAGAGCAGAUAGAACAGAGAGAUCAAGUUAUAGAGUACAAAGAAAUUCAGAUUCAAGAUCAAGAGAAGCACAUACAGUCAUUAAUGGCAGAACUGAAGCGGAGACAAGGAGCAUCUUCCAGUG